CGUUCGGAUGUGUGUUUGACGUAUGUAUGUAUCUGCUGCUUUCCGUGUAAUUGCCUUGCAAACGCGAUGCGUUGCUGUUUGCCAAACGAGGUCGACCAACACCGCUCGCUUUAGUAUUAAUAACUGCUCCCGCGAACACAUAUCUUUGAAUUUGUUACCUUUUACUCAUUCUGAUCACGAGCUCUUCAACCAAUUGAUCGAACUAACCUGAAUCGCCACCUCUCCAUCUAGACACAAAUCUGGUUACCAACUAUACAUCGCCAAACCAGAUAACAAGAUGCCGCCCCCCUUUUUUCAUAUGAACUACAUGCUCCCUGGCAUAUCCGGAGCCGAAAGAGAAGCCGUGAUCCGCGCCAACACUGAUGCUAUUACGCUCUCCAACGAAGCCGGAGUCGCUGUCCAGACCGAGCAAUACGACGAAGCCAUCCGUCUACACCAACAAGCUCUACAGCUUAAGCUCCGCGCGUAUCCCGAAACCUCGAUGCAGGCGGCCAUUACUUUCAACGGCCUAGGCGAAGCGUUUCUCGGCGCCGGUCGCCUGGAUGAGGCCGACGAGGCAUUCGCCAAGGCCCUUGCCGUUCGCGAGCGCGAGGACCCCAGGGCGGAUGCAGCUGCCACACGAGAUAACAUCGGCGCUGUGCGCGAGGCUCAGGGUCGGUUUGAUGAGGCGAGGCAGAUGCGGCUUCGGGGUCGGGAGAAGGGUGAGAUGAUGUGUGGGAACUUCAAGUGUCCGACAAACGAGAUGUUCAAGAUAGGGGACCUCCAUUGUUGUGGCGCGUGCAAUUCCGUCUACUACUGCAGUAAGGAAUGCCAGAAACAGGAUUGGAUUAAACGACACAGGCCCUUGUGCAAGGCACGCACUGCUAGUUUGGAGGCUGCUAACCAAGCAUCGACUAGCUAGAGGCAACUGGGAAGAAAGAGGGAAUUGGGGGAGAGAAAAGGGGGGGAAAUAUGAUGAAUUUUAAGGGUAGAGCUACGGGAUGUAAUGACUUCAUGUAACUUCCAAGGUUACCCACCACUAAACAUUUCUUAUUGUUUCCGACAGUAUCACAUGAUUGUGGGAGGGGGUGGCUGAUUUAGGGCAUUUAGGCACUGUAUACCCUGCUAUUGUGCUAGGUAAUGUCCUGGCAGCCCUGAACUCAUAACCAUAAA